AUGGUUAAAGCUUUGAGCUUUGUAUACUUAACAUACCCUCUCUUCUUUCUUUCAGAGAAGAUGGAUCACAUUAGCAACCUACCAGACGAGGUUCUUUGUCAUAUACUGUCUUUUCUUACGACAAAGGAGGCUGCUUUGACUUCGAUUCUCGCCAAGAGGUGGCGCAACCUUCUUGCGUUUGUGCCUUGUCUUCCUAUUGAUGACUCUAUGUUUCUGCAUCCGGAAAAGGACAGAGAAGACAUCAGACAGAGCUUCAUUGACUUUGUGGAUAGAGUUUUGGAGUUGCAGGGUAACUCUCCCCUAAACAAAUUCUCCCUCGAGUGUGUUACUAAUGUGGCUGACACAGAUCGACUGGAUGGUUGGAUUAGCAAUGUGUUAGCUCGUGGUAGUGUUUCGGAUCUCGUUCUAAAGAUCAGUAUUCGUAGUUACCAAGGGGAUAACUAUCCGCUGUCACCAAAAUGCUUUGAGUGUAACACACUAGUUAGUCUGAAAAUACACUGUGGGAUUGAUAUUUCCUUGGUUGCUGGUCGCAUUCUCUUACCGUUGCUUAAAACUCUGGUUCUCCACUCAGUUCAUGUUUGUCCUAAUGAGUUUGAGAUUCUGCUUCAUGCUCUGCCUUCCCUUGAGGAAUUGGUUCUCGAUUGUGUAGACUGGAAAGGUAUGGAUAUCAAAGUGUCAAGUGCAAGCCUCAAGACCCUAACAAUGAGCUUAUGCUGUUGGUUAGGCACUUUAUCAUUUGAUACGCCAAGUCUCCUUCACUUUAAGUGCUCUGGUUAUAUUGCAUGGGACUAUCCACUAGUUAAUAUGGGAAACUUGGUUGAUGCUCAAAUGAUCAUCUUUUUAUUAAAUGAACACCAACUCAACAAACUCAAGCAACUUAGAGGACCAGAUAAUGUGUGGAAACUCUUUCAUGGCAUACGUAAUGUUCGGAAUCUUGACUUGUUCCCUGACACUUUUGAGGUGCUUUCUCUGUGCUCUGAAUCGAUGCCAGUGUUCAACAACCUCAAAUCUUUAACUAUUCGGAGUGACGAGGUUCGAGGAUGGCAAGCAAUGCCAGCUCUUCUAAGGAACUGUCCACAUUUAGAAACUCUGGUCAUUAAGGGUCUCGUGCACCAGGUGACAGAUUUGUGUGGGGAUGUUUUUGAUGGCAUUUCUCGAGAGGACAAAGGACUUUCACUCACACUAUGUCCAGUAAAAGUGAUGAAGAUUCAUGGGUUUCAAGGAACAAUGAAAGAGAUGGCGAUGAUAGAGCAUUUUUUGGAGUAUUUUCCAUCUUUGAAGGAGAUGCAAGUCUAUGCUGAAGAGAAUAGUACUACACAGCUACGUAACCGUCAAGUUUCUAAACUUGUCUUGAGGAUUUUCCAACUCUACAACAAGUUCUCGAGUUGCAGUGUCCAGCUCUGCAUAUGAAGUGGCUGAAGCACAAAAACCAUAAUCCUAGUUUUUUUCCUGCAGUUUAGUUUUGUGUUUAAC